AAUAUCAUUCUCGUCGUCAGAGAGACGUCGAUAUACAUAGCCUAAUUUCGAGUUUAUCAGCACUUCCGAUUGAAUUUGUUUUAAACCAUGGGCUUAGCCACUGUAAUUCAAAAUGAUGCUCAUUUCCAGACUGAAAUGGCUAACGCUGGAACCAAGUUAGUCGUUGUGGACUUUACAGCAACUUGGUGUCCACCGUGCCAAAGGAUUGCCCCUUUUUUCGAGCAGCUACCAGCAAAGUUUCCGAGAGCAGUAUUUCUCAAAGUAGACGUAGACAGAUGCGCCGAUACAGCGAGUGCUCAGGGCGUCAGUGCAAUGCCCACAUUCAUUUUCUACAGAAACAGGACCAAAAUCGACAGACUAGAAGGAGGCAAUACUACUGUACUAGAAAACAAAGUUAGACAGUAUUAUGGCUCUGAUGUUGCAGAAGAAGAUGAAGACAAUACUGUUGCUGGACAUAUGGAUCUUAUUACAUUCAUUACCAAGAGUGAGUGUGAAUGUUUAAAUGAGGCUGAUGAUCAUCCACUUGCCCAAGCACUGACAAAUGACAGGGGAUACCUUGCUAGUUACUGUGAUGAACAAUUGAUAAUCAAUAUAUCAUUCAAUCAGCUAGUAAAACUGCAUUCAAUAAAGAUCAAAGGUCCAGCUGACAAAGGACCCAAAUCUAUAAAGUUAUUCAUCAAUCAACCCAGAACUUUGGACUUUGAUCAGGCUGCUGGUUACUCAUCAGUGCAAGACUUAGAGCUAACUCCGAGCGACUUGGAAGGCAAUCCUGUACCACUUAAAUUCGUCAAAUUCCAGAGUGUUCAAAACAUUCAACUAUUUAUAAAAGACAACCAGUCUGGUGAUGAAGUGACACAAAUCAAUCACCUUGCCUUCUAUGGGUCACCAAUCUCAACAACUAAUAUGGGUGAAUUUAAAAGAGUAGCUGGCAAGAAAGGUGAAAGCCAUUAAGUUGUUUGCAGUAGUACUAUAUUUUGGCACACUGGACAAUGUUUUUAAAAUUUCUAACAAUCCGACUUUGUACAAAAUGUAAAAUCUUAUUGAAGACAUGGGUAUUGUGUAGAGACAUCUUUUACCCAACAUUCUAAAGAAAAGGGUGGUUGAAUAAAUUUCAUUCAUAGCAAACCUACCAAUGUAGAGUAAUAACAAAUAUUUUAUAUACUUAUUUCCAUAAAGAAAUUGCCUUUUUAUUACUGAUUAUUAUAUUUUGCAAUCUACUGCAUAUAAAACAAAAAUGAUUGCAAAAUACAUAUAUUGUGUAGUAACAGUUCCACUCUGUAAUUUAGAAUUACAAUAUUUGAAA